CAACCCCCUCUCCCGCUCCCGCCCCUUUCCUCCAUUUUCUUCAAUGGUUACAAUUCCUUUUCCGCAACUUUCUUCUUUUUCCAUCUAUUUUGGCCUCAAUGAUCUUUCUUCUUUUUAUCAGACAAUAUGGAAGUUGAUGAGUUAUACCUUGAUCUCCUAGCUCUGAGGGAAUUAUACAUCCUUCUCUUGAAGAUUUGUUUGCGAGAUACAAAUUCUGAACUUCAGCUUGAUGAAAGGGCACAGAUUCUAUUGAAGCGCUUGCUUGAUGAUGCUACUUCAGGAGUUUUGGAGGUUCUCUCAAAGAUCUUGGCAGCAAGCUCUAAUAUUCUUUACAAUUUUCUACACAAAGAUGACAAACAGACAAAGCCAGUAGACAAGAAAGUUGUUGAAUGGAUGAAACACAAUCAAACUGCAAGGAAAAUGGAAAAUCCAAAGUUUGAACAGAACCCCAUUAGGGAUAGAGCCUCAGCUUCAAAUACUGCUUUUAAUGAUUUACCUCAUGGUAUUAUUUCAGCACUCAGAAGAAUUGAACUCCACAUUUUGUCCCUACAACAUUGCACAAGCCAAAGUAGGAAAACAAGAGGCAAUUGCCAGUGUGUUCUUCAUAGGAAUGAGACAUUAAACCAACAGAAAGUUCACUCAAAAACAGAUCACUCAACUUUAAGGACAGGGUUUACUAAGCCAGUUAAUCCAAUAGAGACGCAGCAUAGUUCCGAGUUCGUUCAUGGUUUCAGAAUACCUCGGAGUCAAGGAAAUGAUGAGACCAUAAUGAAACCUCCAAUCAUUGAAACCCAUGUAAUACCUAAUCAACACAAAGUUGUAAAUCCAAUGACUAAAUCUGGAUGUACUUCAGUAGGAUCCAAGGCCGCCACCUUCAGGCCUGCCAUGAAAUUGGAUCAAACUAGUAAACAAGUAAAGAAGAACCAAAGUCUAUAUGGUCACAUGGUAAUGGGGCCAACAUUGCUGGAUCAUCAUCCCUCAAGAGAAGUAAGAAAGGAACAUACUUAUAACAACACCCAUUUACCUCCACAACAAGAAUCAGAAUCCUCGAACUCUGAGUUUGAAUCAGCCUUUUCUUCUUCUUCAAGUUGGACAACACAACAAAACACAGAAAGUGAAACCGUUGACAAUGAUGACUACGACUCUUCUUCCCCAAGUCACCAAGACGAUUCCUCAACAACAGAUUCAAAAUCAAGUAGCACAUAUUCGAUGAAAACAUUCAAUACCAAGCAUGGGAAGAAAGAGUCGAAACAAAGAGUAGGACGAUUCAAGCAACUCAAAAACAAACUUGGUGUAAUCUUUCACCACCACCAUCAUCAUCACCACCAUCACCACAAUAGCCAUAACUUCAUGUGGAAGCAGCUAGGUAAGAUCUUCAAUCACAAAGAGAAGAGAGGAUCAGUAGUAAGUAAAGAAGAUAAGUAUGAGAAGGUAAAGAACAGAGCCGUUCGAAGUGUGUGUGAUAAGAAACAAGUGAGGAAAUUUGAGGCACUUGCUGAAGGGCUAAGAAGCCAUGUGAGGUCAAAAGCCAUGAAAAGGAAAGAGUUUAAAGGGAUGAGAUAUGGGAAGAAGAAUGGUGUGAAGAAAUUGAAUUGGUGGAAAAUGUUUCGUAAUAGGCGUGGAGUGAAGUUGCCUAAUAAAGGGCGUAUGAAAAUAGGGUAUGUAAAUAGAUAAGCAUAGUUUUAGAAUGGAUUGGGACAGAUUUUUUAUUUUUCUACAAAGGGAAGAUGAGAUUUUUGCUUCUCUAUGGAUGUUGAUUCAUCAUUUUUGUGGAGGUAUCAAAUCUAAAAUUUUGAUGUGUAGCAUAUAGGACUCCUUAGUCUUAGAUAUCAAAUUUAAUACUUUUUUCUAAUAACUUUAAAGAUA